ACUCAGCUACUCUCGCUUCCCUUCUCGCUUUUCUGGUUUUCGAGUUUUGCGCCUGCGUUUUCGGGUGCGCAAGGUGCAUAGCGCGCGAGAUAGCGUUGUCGGCUGGGUUGGUGUAGAAUGUAUUUACUCUUCCUAUCAAAAUAGUUGAGAAAGGAAAAGCUUCUCUUUCGUGGUUCGUUUGGAUUUGAAAAUAUCAGUCACCAUGUCGACUCGAUUUGUGGGUUGUUUGUUACUGGCGUUUAUUCUCGUGGAGGGCUCUCUGGCUUUCACAUUCUCUUCCAAGCUCAUCCACCGAUUCUCUGAGGAAGCGAAGGCUUACAGGGGUCGUAGAAAUAGGGAGCUUCUUCGUUCCUGGCCCAGGUGGAGGAGUAUGAAAUACUAUCAGUUGCUUGUAAGCAGUGAUUUGCAACGGCAGGAGAUGAAGCGCGGGCCCCAGUAUCAGUUUCUUUUUCCAUCUGAGGGGAGCAAUACUAUGUCAUUUGGGAAUGAUCUUGGAUGGUUACAUUACACAUGGAUUGAUAUUGGGACGCCCAAUAUUUCCUUUAUGGUGGCAUUGGACACUGGGAGUGAUCUUCUUUGGGUUCCAUGUGAUUGCAUACAAUGUGCUCCAUUCCAUGCUAGUUAUUAUAAUGGUUUGGAUAAAGAUCUUAGCGAGUAUAAUCCAUCUGGAUCAAGCACCAGCAAGCAUGUGAAUUGCAGCCAUGAGUUGUGUGAAUUGGGUCUGAACUGCAAAAGUCCCAAACAACCCUGCCCAUACAUUGUUAACUACUAUUCGGAAAAUACAUCAAGCUCUGGAUUGCUGGUUCAGGACACAUUACACUUGGCGUCAAGCAGUGACCAUAUGUCCCAAAAUGUGGUGCAGGUUCCAGUAAUUAUGGGUUGUGGUAGGAAACAGAGUGGUCGUUGUCUGGAUGGAAUAGCUCCUGAUGGUGUUAUGGGUUUGGGACUUGGAGACAUAUCCAUUCCAAGUUUCAUUGCAAAAACUGGAUUAAUUCGGAAUUCUUUCUCAAUUUGUUUUGGCGAUGAUGAUUCAGGGAGAAUUUUCUUUGGUGACCAAGGUUUUGCUACACAACAGUCUACUCCCUUCUUGCCACUGGAAGGAAAAUAUAUUACAUACAUUGUUGGAGUCGAAGGUUGUUGUAUUGGAAACUCUUGUCUCCACCAAACAGGCUUCCAAGCACAGAUUGAUAGUGGGUCAUCCUUCACAUUUCUCCCAGAUGAGGUUUAUCAAAAAGUCGUCACUGAGUUUGACAGGCAAGUUAAUGCAACAAGGUCAUAUAAAGGCUCCCUCUUGGACUACUGCUAUGAGCCCAGCACUUCACAGGGUUUGCUCAAUAUUCCUGCUGUGAUUCUCAUGUUUGCUCCAAACAACAGCUUUGUGGUCCACAAUCCCACUAUAUUCAUUUAUGCCAAUCAGGAUGUUGUUGGUUUUUGUUUAGCUAUACAACGAACAGAAGGAAAUUUUGGGGUUAUAGGACAGAACUUCAUGACGGGUUAUCGCUUGGUGUUUGAUAGAGAGAAUUUGAAGCUUGGUUGGUCACGUUCCAAUUGUCAAGAUCUCACUGAUGGAAGGAGUAUACCUCUUACGCCACCUCCAUAUGAUAGACCUGAAAACCCAUUACCGACAAAUGAGCAACAGAGAACCCCCAAUGGGAGGGCAGUUGCUCCAGCUGUUGCUGGAAGGGCUCCCGUCAAGUCAGCUGCCUCACGGUUGCUUGGCAUACCUCAUUGUCUUAGGGUGAGGUUGCUCUUGCUGCUUCUACUGCUGAUAUGCCUAUUUGUUUCAGCCGUCUAAUUUGGGACAGUUCAUAAUCCAUCUAUUAAGUUACACAUGUAAAUUGAAUGUCUUCAAAUUUUGUGUUAUACCUGAUAUUUCUUCCUUCCAACUCUUGCUUUCAUAUGAGGCCAUUGAAUUGACUGAGGCGUUUAAUCUCACUCGCUCUCUGCCUGUCCCCCGUUUUGGGUGUA